CAACAACAAAAGAUCUAAGAAUCAACAACAAUAUCUAGAAGCCGGUGAAAACGUUUAAUCUUAAAAUAUUAAUUUUGAAAAUCAAACAAGAACCAUAUUGUUCAGAAUUUUGUCAUUCAUAAUCAUUCGAUUUCAUUCUGAUCAAUCAAAUUGUUUAAUUAUUAUUAGUCAUCAUCAUGAUUUGAAUGGUAAUCAUGGCAAUGCAAUAUAGACAGUCAUGAUGAUGAUGAUCAUGAUCAUCAUCAUCAUCAUCCGAUUCGAAUCCAUCAACACAAACACGUCAUGACCAUCAAUCACUAAUAGUAUAUAUUUAUUAACACACACACAUUUCAUUAAUUUCUCUAGGAAAAAAAAUUACUAUUUGGAGUCCAUCGUUUUCAUCUGAUUUUGAACAUUUUGUACACCGUUUCGUAUUAUAUAAUUGUAUUUGCUAUUGUAUUUUGAAAUCAUUGUCAUAAAAUUAAAUAAAUCGAAUCAAAAUGCCUGUGAAUCAAAUUCAAAAUGGAACAUCAUCAUCAUCAUCAGCAGCAGCAGCUACGAAUGGAUGUAAAUGGCCAGAGAAUGUUGGCAUCAUUGCAAUGGAUAUUUAUUUUCCAUCAUCAUAUGUUGAUCAAACUGAUUUAGAAGAAUUUAAUGGCGUAUCCAAAGGUAAAUAUACCAUUGGUCUUGGCCAAUUAAAAAUGGGUUUCACCGAUGAUCGUGAAGAUAUAUCAUCAAUUUGUUUGACGGUUACGGAAAGUUUGUUGAAAAAAUAUCAAAUUUCACCGGUGGAUAUUGGUUUCCUUAUGAUUGGUACCGAAACGAUUAUUGAUAAAUCGAAAAGCAUCAAAACUGUAUUGAUGGAUUUGUUUAAAGAUAGUGGAAAUACCGAUAUUGAAGGUAUCCAUGCUACGAAUGCAUGUUAUGGUGGUACCGCUUCGUUGUUUCAUGCAAUCGAUUGGAUUGAAUCAAGUAGUUGGGAUGGACGUUAUGCAUUGGUUGUUGCGGCCGAUAUUGCUGUUUAUGCUAGCGGUGCAGCUAGACCUACCGGCGGAUGUGGUGCCGUUGCAAUGUUGAUCGGGCCAAAUGCAGCAAUAGUUUUGGAUCGUAAAGUUCGUUCCACUUAUAUGGCCAAUGUUUAUGAUUUUUAUAAGCCAGAUCUCUCAUCGGAAUAUCCAUACGUUGAUGGCCCAUUAUCUAAUCAAUGCUAUCUACAAGCAUUGGAUCAAUGUUUUAAUUUAUAUUUCGAUAAGGCCAAUCGUAAUCGAGAUGAAUUGCUGAACCAUAACAAUCAUUCUGAACAACAAUCGAUGAUCGAAUUAAGCCAUUUUGAUGGAAUCAUUUUUCAUGCACCUUAUUGUAAAUUAGUACAAAAAUCGGUGGCACGUAUGCAUUUGCUCAACAAUCUUCGCUUACAAGCACAUGAUCCAAGUCGAUUCGAUACAAAAUUAGAGAAAUAUAGGAAUGUUAAACUGGAAGAAUCGUAUAAUGAUCGUGAAAUGGAAAAAUUGUUGCUUACAUUGAGUUCGGAGAAUUUCAACAAACGUACUGAUCCAAGUUUAAUGUUGGCUCGUGAAAUUGGUAACAUGUAUACGGCAUCCCUUUAUGCUUGUGUUAUUUCCUUUAUUCUCAGUGAUUCAGUGGAAAAUCUAACUGACAAACGCCUUUUGCUAUUUUCCUAUGGUUCUGGUUUGGCUGCAUCAAUGUUUUCGGCACGUGUAACAAAAGAUAAAGCAAUAUUAUCACGAUUAAUGAAAGGUUUGACCGAUGUUCAACCACGAUUACAACAACGACAACGUGUGCCACCAACAAAAUUCGAAGAAACAUUGAAUCUUCGUGAAAAGACACAUAAUAUUGCACCAUAUGAACCUACUGGUGAUGUUUCAUCAUUAAUGGCCGGUACUUAUUAUAUUACCGAUAUUAAUCAAAAAUAUCAUCGAACAUAUUCAAAAGUUCAAUGAUGAUAUGAUUUAUUGAUUUUUUUUGAGCAAGAAAAAAAAAUUAUCAUGUGAUGUAAUGAAGAUAUAACUAUUCGAUAGAUGAAAAAACAUAUAUACUAGGCUACUAUAUAAUACGUACUUGAUAAUAUGAAACAAACAAACAAAUAUAUUCAAAUCAAUACUACAUGUGGAUUAUUAAUUAAUCUUUUCUUAUUAUUAUUAUUUUAACACUGUGUUUGUGUGUUGAAUCUUCUAAUUAUAUAUUCUUCUUAUGUGUAUUUUUGAUUUAUUUUUUUCUUAUUUACGCAAUUCUAUUUUUAUUAUUUAAAAUUUUUUUUUCCCCAUUAAUUUUAUGCAAUAAAAAAGAUUCUAUGAAACAAAA